AUGACCGAAUCUACACACAAACACUCUCACAGCCCGCCAGCAUAUCCACAUCGACGACAUAUAUCCCCGCACUCGCCCACUAAACGCAAGGUCUUCGAAACCACGGACAAGGAAGAUGGCCACAAUGGCCACAGUACCGCGACCACAACUACAGACUUCCACAACGGGAACGGCCAUGGACAUGCCAACUCUGUAGACAAAAAGUCGUCCAAACGUCGCAAAGUCAACCACGCGUGUGUGUAUUGCCGCCGCAGCCACAUGACAUGCGACCUCGAACGCCCCUGCGCGAGAUGCGUGAAGAGGGAUAUCGGGCAUUUAUGUCAUGAUGAGCCGCGGGAGCCGGUGUUGAGGCGGAGUAAGAGCGAGGUCGGUGCGGUGGAAAUUGCGCCUGCGGGUGAGGAUGGUGGUGGUGGUGGUGAUGGUGGGGAGGGGAGGGGAGGGGAGAGGAGGAGUACGAUGGGUGCUCCCAUCAUUAGUGUGGGAGGGGAGGAUUCAGGGGUGGAGGAUCUGAGGGGUGGGGGAUCUCUGGGAGGUUUGGGCCGAGGCGUCGGGCAGGUAUUUGGGAGUGUUGAUUUGGGUGGUGGUGGAGGACAGGGAGGUAUGAUGAAUGGCAAUGGUGAUGGCAACGCGCAUACCAUAGCUCAACCAACGACAUUGUCUCCAACACGACUUCAGCACAAUUCUAUCCCAAACAAUCAACAGCAGCAGCAGCAGCAGACUGUGAUGAAUAGUAACAGCAACACAGCACCAACCAUCUUCGACUGGAACAACGCAGGCCUGCAGAAUCAGUUCCAGGAUAUGCACCACUUACACCCAAACUACAUGUUCAAUAACUCCGAGGUGACGAACGAGUAUAAUCUACUCAACGACUUUCUCUCGAACUCGCUUCUCGAUGACGGGGCAAUGUAUAAUCCAGAGGAAGCGGCACAGACCUUGUUCUCCGACCCCUUACUCGCCACGAGCUCGAUGAAUGUACUGCAGAACAAUCUGGACCGCUUCCAGCUUCCACCCCAGCAGCAGCAGCAACCACAAAUCCAACCAAACCUGUCUCAACCACAACAGCAAUCCCAACAAAACCAGCACCACCCCUCUCUCCCCCCAAAACCAACCCUCCAAUCCAAGUCUCCUCUAGUCUCAGAUACAACCCUCAGCAAUACAGCCACCCCAGACGCCGCCGCCACCAACCGCGCCCGAGACAAAUACUUCCUCACGGCCGCCGACCCCGCGGGCCUCGACUCCGCCCAGUCCCGUCUGCACAAACUCCUCAAAGCCAAAUACGACGCCGGAAUGCUCAAACCCUUCAACUAUAUCAAAGGCUACGCGCGCCUGCAAACCUAUCUCAAAACCCACCUCCCCCCGGCCUCUCAACGCCGUAUCCUCGAACAACUCGGACGAUUCCGGCCGGGUUUUCGGGCGGCGAUGCAAGGGCUCAGCGACGUCCAACUCGUGCUUGUAGAAAUGUGGUUUGAAAGGUCUUUGAUGGAAUACGACCGCGUCUUCGCCUCCAUGGCCAUUCCCGCCUGCUGCUGGCGACGCACGGGGGAGAUUUUCAGAGGUAAUAGGGAAAUGGCUGCUCUACUUGGUGUGGGCCUGGAGAAGUUGAGGGACGGGAAGUUGGCGCUGCAUGAGAUUAUGGAAGGGGAGAGCCUGGUGAGUUAUUGGGAGAAGUUUGGCGCGGUGGCGUUUGAUGGGAUGCAGAAGGCUGUUUUGACUAGUUGUAGUCUUGUUAAGAGGGUAGGGGUGGGGGUGGGGAGGGAGAGGGAGAAGCAGGGGCUGGAGAUGGGGAAGGAGGGGGCGGUGGGCGAGGAAGAGAAGACCCAGUCUCAUCGUGGGCAAUUUCUUGCCUAUACGGCCCCGCAACACGACAGCGGCCACCUGAUCCACGCAAUCGAUAUGCAUGCGAAUGAGCGAUGA